AUGCAUUUCACAGUCAGUAACUCCAAUCUCCCCUUAAAAUCAACCAAAGAAGUAGGUACUUCUUGUGAAGGCCUACAGCAAUUCAGAAAUAAAGAAACACAGCAUCAAGAAACAGAAGAAAAAGAAGAAGAAGAAGAAGAAGAGCAAACGGCAGAACAAAUGGAAAUUGACAUUGACAGUGUUAUAUUGGAGAGGAUGAUUCAUAGACAAGAAGAGUUAAAAGAAGAGAAAGAAGAAAUUGAAAGACGUUUAACAGACUUACAAUCGAGAGUUGAUAACAUUGAACAAGAACUUGAGGACAUCAUGUAUUUAAUGGAUUAACGGGAAAUUUUCGCAGUGCUUGUAUAGUUUGUAGAGUUACCUCUCUUUUCUCAUCAUUAAGUAAUUUAUCAUGAUUUAAAAACUUACCUUUUCCACUGAUGUCUAGAUGUGAAAUGAAAAAUACCUAUAUCUCAAAAAAGA